UUUUCUUAACUUUAACUGCCACCUAAAUUCUGUUCACACGCGCACACACGCUGGCGAGCGUCUGAUCUCACCCGGCCACGCUGAAGCAAGCAGAGCAGUUUCUUUUUGAACGCCGGCGGGAGAGAGAAGUAUCGUUUUGAUGCAGAUGUGAUGUAAUGUAAAGGACCUUUUUCUUUUUUUUUUCUUUUUUAAUCGCGUGAGAGGAUUCAGAAGCCAAUUUUUCACCGACUAAAAGAUGGCCUCUAAUGAAACCCAGAGCACUCCGUCAACCACAGCCUUCAGCACCAUACAAAUGAGAGGUCACUCACCGGCGGCCUCCAGGCCAGCGGGUGACCACGAGGAGCAGUACCACGUGGUCCUCCAGGUCAUCUACUCGGUGGUGCUGCUCUGCGGCACCAUCAGCCUGAGCCUGAUGAUGCACGCCUUGAAAUCCAGCUCCGUCUCCGCCACCUCCAUCGCCGUCCUCAACCUGAUCUUCGCACACUUCAUCUUCCUGAUCACGGUGCCGUUCAGGAUUUACUAUUACACCACUAAUCAGUGGGUCCUGGGCAUAGAGUGGUGUAAGAUGGUCAGCAGCAUGAUCCACAUCCACAUGUUCAUGUCGUUUGUUCUCUACGUGAUCAUCCUCAUCAGUCGACUGCUGACGUUCUACAACCGGUCUGCGAGCUUGUCGUCCUUACAGAGGACCUACGCGCUCAUCAUCAGCGCUUUGGUGUGGAUCGUGGUGCUUGUCACGACGCCCUGCAUUGUUCAUUUGUCCUACGGGAACAAGAAUGACGGAAACAACACCAACUCCAGCACUUGCUUCGACUUUGGGGAAAAGAUAAAGGCUCCUCCCGCCAAGGUGUUCAACUACAUCGUCAGUACAUUCAUCAUCGUGGUGUCCAUCAUACUGAUGUCCCUGCAGGCCAACGUCCUGAGAAUUUUAUACAGGAAGUAUCAGAAAGGAUGCACCUCUCGGCAGGAGUUCGGGGCUCAGCUGAAGAGUCUGUGCUUCGCCCUGAUCAUGGUGGUCUGCUUCGUUCCCUACCACAUCUUCCGCCUGUACUACCUCGAGAACAUCCACUGCCAGAACGAGAACGAAGUGUUUCUGAGUGUGACGACCUUCAACUGUCUGGAUAUGCUCACCUUCAUGGGGAGGAGAACCUGCAGCAUAUGCUCGUCAUGCAGAACUAAGUGAAGUGUGAGCCUGUGUGUGUGUGUUUGUAUGUCUGAGUGUGUGUGCGAGUGUGUGUGUGUGUGUGUGUGUGUGUGUGUGUGUGUGUGUGUGCGCGUGUGUACAUUUUAUUUUAUUUAACCUGUUCUUUGCCUUUUGAAAUGUUGCAUUUUUAAAAUUAAUUUGUUAUAAGACUGUUCACAUUUUCAAACAUAAAUAAAACAGAAAUGUAUUUAAAAUAAAAUAAAUGAAUAAAUUGAGAUAAGGACACAGAAAAACUAUCAAAGAGUGUGAGGGCCAUUCAAGGAAAAAAACAUAUAAAGGAGGUCAUUUUUUGAGAAAAAAUUCAGGAGAGAUAUUUUCACUUCAUUCUUCACAUUGUAUUUUGACUUUUUUC